AGGACCACGCGUGUCGAAAAGUUAUACAAGUGAACCGCACGAGACUCCGUGACAAUUUCGCGCGCAAAAGGCAGAAAAGAAAAUCGCAAUUUGCCUUCCGAAAGUCCGCGCCCCUCCCGCACUCGCCCCGCGAUUCUCGCUUCUUCCCGAGACUUGAGUUUAUCGAUAGAGUCGAGCUAUAUUACGCGCCAUUGUCGAAUCUUUGACGCCUGAACAAAAUCCUGCUAAAACUCGCAUACUACGCCUCAACGUUGCAGGAGCCAUCACAGUAUUCAGGCGCCCAUGCAGGUCGUCACUCCCCAAACGCCCUGAACCUUGCGAGCACCCGAACGAUGCCGAUUGAACUGUCAUGAGCGCGCCUACUUCGGAUACCCCACGGCAACACCAGCGCGUAAAGCGGAAACAAGUCCAAGCAGACGAUGGCUGGACCGUGAUAACGCAUACUUCCACCUCGAAAUCUUCUUCGAGGAGGAGCGCGGGGAAAAACCGCAAUGCGCACAAAGUUCAGCACGCCCGCCCGACGCAGAUUGUUGAGGGAUUGACAGUACAAAAGCUGCAAGAGGAGUUGGAUAGAUUUACGAAACGCUGGGAUGAGAGCGCAUAUGCUGAGAAUCUCAAGAAUAUCCUGAGUAAGAGGGUCUGGAAUAUAGACAAUGCUGUUUGCAUUGGGAUAGGAAGUCUCAGCAUAGAUUGGGAGAAUCGAUACCGUUCAAUGUGGCAGCUCGUUUUCUUCAUGUCAGUAUUGAAAAUCGUCCUAAAGGAUCGUAAUAAUGAAGACAUAAAGCUUUAUGCACAAGAACCAGCAUUUACGUCCCUCGAUACGGAAUUCCUAGCCUCCCUGCCCCACCCCAUCGUAGCGGUUACACAGUCGAUCGAAGAUUAUAUCUCUGGGAAAUCCUUGGUGUUUGCGCCUUUCGUCGAUUGGACCCUCCUUCUACCGGUUUUUCUCAAGGACAAAGAUCCAGAGUUGUAUGUGGGCAAUGAGGUUCUCGAUGACUACAAAAUCUAUGCUGGAAAUCCAGAAAACGAGGCUGCCAGAGAAACCUGCGAAAAGAUUGGAAGUGCAUUUCUAGUGGAUAGAGAAAUGUCAAGGGUGAAUGGAUCAGGGAGUGACGCGUUUACGGAUUCAGUACAAGGACUGGUCGUCUAUUGGAGAAACCUUGAGUCUAGCAGUAAGACGGAGAAAGGCGUGGGAGUCGAAGAGUUGGUUCAGAAGAUGGCAAAGAGCGCGAUUCAAUGAGAACAGUCUACGAUAGGAGUCUGGAUCACCGCGUCGAAAUCCCCAAUGGCGACUAUAAUCUUUCUAAGCAAGGAGCUUUCGAUUGCGAUGCUGCUGUGUAUAAAUGCCGCAAAAAACUAGAGAAAUCACUUGGUAACGAAUCCACCUUAGCUCAUUAAUCGCAUCUAAACUCUGUCAUUGCACCAUGG